AUGGGCAACGCAGGGAGCAUGGAUUCUCAGCAGACCGAUUUCAGAGCGCACAACGUGCCUUUGAAGCUGCCGAUGCCCGAGCCAGGUGAACUGGAGGAGCGAUUUGCCAUCGUGCUGAAUGCUAUGAACCUACCUCCUGACAAAGCCAGGUUACUGCGUCAAUAUGACAAUGAGAAAAAAUGGGAACUGAUUUGUGACCAGGAACGAUUCCAGGUGAAGAAUCCUCCCCAUACAUACAUUCAAAAGCUCAAAGGCUAUCUGGAUCCAGCUGUAACCAGGAAGAAAUUCAGAAGGCGUGUACAAGAAUCUACGCAAGUGCUAAGAGAACUGGAAAUCUCUUUAAGAACUAACCACAUUGGAUGGGUCAGAGAGUUUUUGAAUGAAGAAAACAAAGGCCUUGAUGUCCUGGUAGAAUAUCUAUCAUUUGCACAGUAUGCAGUAACUUUUGACUUUGAAAGUGUGGAAAGUACAGUGGAAAGUUCGGUGGACAAAUCGAAGCCCUGGAGUAGGUCCAUCGAGGACCUGCACAGAGGGAGCAACCUGCCAUCACCCGUGGGCAACAGUGUAUCCCGUUCUGGAAGACAUUCGGCACUGCGAUAUAAUACUUUGCCCAGCAGAAGAACUCUGAAGAAUUCAAGAUUAGUGAGUAAGAAAGAUGACGUUCAUGUCUGCAUCAUGUGUUUACGUGCCAUCAUGAAUUACCAGUAUGGUUUCAACAUGGUCAUGUCUCAUCCACAUGCUGUUAAUGAGAUUGCACUAAGCUUAAACAACAAGAAUCCCAGAACAAAAGCCCUUGUCUUAGAACUGUUGGCAGCCGUUUGUCUUGUCAGAGGAGGGCACGAAAUCAUUUUAUCAGCUUUUGAUAACUUCAAGGAGGUUUGUGGAGAAAAACAGCGCUUCGAGAAGUUGAUGGAACAUUUCAGGAAUGAAGACAAUAACAUAGAUUUUAUGGUGGCCUCGAUGCAGUUUAUUAAUAUUGUAGUUCAUUCAGUAGAAGAUAUGAACUUCAGAGUUCACCUCCAAUAUGAAUUCACCAAAUUAGGCCUGGAUGAGUAUUUGGAUAAGCUGAAACACACAGAGAGUGACAAGCUGCAAGUACAGAUUCAGGCUUACCUGGACAAUGUGUUUGACGUAGGAGCUCUGCUGGAAGAUGCAGAAACCAAGAAUGCAGCCUUGGAGAGGGUGGAAGAACUGGAAGAAAACAUCUCUCAUUUAUCUGAGAAACUGCAAGACACAGAAAAUGAAGCCAUGUCUAAGAUUGUGGAACUGGAAAAGCAGCUCAUGCAGAGGAACAAGGAACUGGAUGUUGUGCGAGAAAUUUACAAAGAUGCAAAUACCCAAGUUCACACAUUAAGAAAAAUGGUUAAAGAAAAAGAAGAAGCCAUUCAAAGACAGUCUACCCUGGAAAAAAAGAUUCAUGAACUGGAGAAACAAGGGACCAUUAAAAUUCAGAAGAAAGGGGAUGGGGAUAUUGCUAUAUUGCCAGUUGUGGCUUCUGGCACAAUGUCCAUGGGGUCAGAUGCAGCACCGGGUAACUUUGUGGGACCAGUUUCAGGGGCUGCCUCCUCGGGACCCUUGCCUCCUCCUCCCCCGCCACUACCUCUAUCAUCAGACACACCUGAAGCAGUGCAAAAUGGCCCAGUAACACCACCUAUGCCUCCGCCUCCUCCGCCUCCACCUCCCCCACCUCCUCCUCCUCCCCCGCCCCCACCUCCUCCUCUCCCUGGUCCUGCAGCAGAGACUGUGCCAGCUCCUCCUCUGCCACCACCCCCUCCUCCCUCUGCACCCCCGCUGCCUGGAACAUCUUCACCCACAGUGGUUUUCAACUCAGGAUUAGCAGCUGUGAAAAUUAAGAAACCAAUCAAGACAAAGUUCAGAAUGCCGGUGUUUAACUGGGUUGCUCUGAAGCCCAAUCAGAUCAAUGGCACAGUCUUCAAUGAAAUUGAUGAUGAGCGAAUUCUGGAGGAUUUAAAUGUAGAUGAAUUUGAGGAAAUAUUCAAGACAAAGGCACAAGGUCCUGCCAUUGAUCUUUCUUCAAGCAAGCAGAAGAUAACACAGAAGGGAUCAAACAAAGUGACAUUACUAGAAGCAAAUAGGGCCAAAAACCUUGCCAUAACUUUAAGGAAAGCUGGAAAGACUGCCGAUGAGAUAUGUAAAGCAAUUCAUGUAUUUGACUUGAAAACACUGCCUGUAGACUUUGUAGAGUGUUUGAUGAGGUUCUUGCCAACUGAGAAUGAGGUAAAAGUGCUUCGGCUCUAUGAACGGGAAAGGAAGCCCCUGGAGAACUUGUCGGAUGAAGACCGUUUCAUGAUGCAGUUCAGUAAGAUCGAGAGGCUCCUACAGAAGAUGACCAUCAUGGCCUUCAUUGGGAACUUUGCUGAAAGCAUUCAGAUGUUGACUCCUCAACUGCAUGCAAUUAUAGCAGCAUCUGUCUCUAUAAAGUCAUCCCAAAAACUCAAGAAAAUUCUGGAGAUCAUCCUGGCCCUUGGAAAUUAUAUGAAUAGCAGUAAACGAGGAGCAGUUUACGGAUUUAAACUUCAGAGUUUAGAUUUGCUCUUAGACACAAAGUCAACAGACCGAAAGCAAACGCUGUUGCACUAUAUAUCGAAUGUUGUAAAAGAAAAAUAUCACCAAGUGUCUCUAUUCUAUAAUGAGCUUCAUUAUGUGGAAAAAGCUGCUGCAGUCUCCCUGGAGAAUGUUCUGCUAGAUGUGAAGGAGCUGCAGAGGGGCAUGGAGUUGACCAAGAGGGAGUACACCAUGCACGACCACAACACACUACUGAAGGAGUUCAUUUUCCACAAUGAGGCGAAGCUGAAGAAGCUGCAGGAUGAUGCCAAGAUUGCACAGGACGCCUUUGAUGACGUGGUGAAGUAUUUUGGAGAAAACCCCAAGACAACACCACCAUCCGUCUUCUUUCCCGUCUUCGUCCGGUUUGUGAAAGCCUAUAAGCAAGCAGAAGAUGAAAAUGAACUGAGGAAAAAGCAGGAACAAGCUCUCAUGGAAAAACUGCUGGAGCAAGAAGCUCUGAUGGAGCAGCAGGACCCAAAGUCUCCUUCUCAUAAAUCAAAGAGGCAGCAGCAGGAGUUAAUUGCAGAGUUAAGACGACGACAAGUUAAAGAUAACAGACAUGUAUAUGAGGGAAAAGAUGGUGCCAUUGAAGACAUCAUCACAGAUCUUAGAAACCAGCCAUACCGAAGAGCCGAUGCGGUGAGGAGAAGUGUUAGAAGGCGCUUUGAUGAUCAGAACUUGCGUUCUGUUAAUGGUGCCGAAAUAACGAUGUGAACCCAAGACCUGCCUGCAUGAAUAGAGGGUGUGCGUGAAUGAAACUGCCCAUGUAAAUUUCAUGUGCUACUAUUUAGCUGCAGCCUUGAACACAGAUAAAAUAAUUCCUAAGGGCUCAGAUUAGCAAAUACAUAGGAAUUUUAAAAUGAUGGGUUCUCUUUUCAACCCUUGUUAACAAGUGCCUAAAAAUGGAAGUACCUGCUCAGAUUAAUCAAAGCAAUAGGAUUUGAUUUGAUUAGGUAUCUUUUUACACCGGUAUGUUGUUCAGUUUUUUAACCAAAAUGUAAAUUUCAUAUUAAAUUCAUUACUUGCCAUUGUGUUUAUGCCAUGAUGGCCCACCCUGGUUUCCUGAUAAGUUGUAAAUAACAUGGAUGCAUCUGCUUGGGGCUUCCUUUGCUGA